UGCCCAGCUAGCUCUCAAUUUGACGUUGUCAUCGGGUGUACUCAACCGAGAGGGAAUCCAUUGCCCUGGAUAACUGUAGCUACGUCUGCUGCUGUACCCACACUUCCGCUCUGCAAGAGGCACGCGUCCAGGCAUUCACCGACACAAAGAAAGGUCGUUAUGUCGGAUGAGGAUUCGCGUGCCAGCGUUAGUUCUUCUUCCUCAAUUUAUCAGCAGUUAAAAAUAAACGCGCCUAAGAAACGAGCAGAAAGCAAAGCCAUCAUGAGCAAGACCUCCAAACUCCUCUCCACCAGCGCCAAAAGAAUUCAGAAGGAGUUGGCUGACAUUACUUUGGAUCCACCACCGAACUGCAGUGCGGGUCCAAAAGGAGACAACAUCUAUGAGUGGAGAUCCACCAUCCUGGGGCCACCAGGCUCUGUGUACGAGGGAGGGGUCUUCUUCCUAGAUAUCGCCUUUACACCAGACUACCCCUUCAAACCACCCAAGGUGACGUUCCGUACCAGGAUCUACCACUGUAACAUCAACAGUCAGGGUGUGAUCUGUCUGGACAUCCUGAAGGACAACUGGAGCCCCGCCCUCACCAUCUCCAAGGUGCUGCUGUCCAUCUGCUCCCUGCUCACUGACUGCAACCCUGCUGACCCUCUGGUAGGAAGCAUCGCCACCCAAUACACAACCAACAGACCAGAGCACGACAGGAUAGCCAAACAGUGGACCAAGAGAUACGCCACAUAGAUACACAGAACUGGGUCGUAUUCAUUAGGCACUACAUGGACUUGUCCAAUAACAAAAGUUAAUUUGUUUCCCAUAGCCAAACGUUUUCUGUUGCAUGCCCUAACAACUACGACCCUGGGCAACAUGAGAGGGGGAGGUUAGGGGGUGUCAGAGCUCCUUCUGGGAUGGAGUGGGGGGGAACAGGAAGGGUAGAGAAUAGGGGAGGAUAUUUAUCUUGGAAUUUAAUUCUUCAUCUCCUGAUAUUUUGUUUAUGGUAUUUAAGUUCUCCGACCCGUAUAUUAGCAUCUAUUUUGGCAAUAAUGCUUUUCAAUGUGUUUCCUUGAAGUUCUUUAAAAUUAUUUAAUUUUUAGCUAAGGAAAUGAAUUCUACAUGUUUGGUAUGUUUAUAUAAACCUGUCACACACAGCAUGGUUACCUGGUAGAAUUCCAAAUCUCAUUUCAGUGUGAAUUUUUCAGAUAUUAGUUACCAUUGGUGUAAGCCCUCUUGCAUGUCUAUCUGAAUCUAUAACAUAUAUGCUGAAACAUUCAUAUUGUAGCCUAUACAGCACAAUGUCUAGGUGGGAAAGUUGUGCUUCAUGUCUUGCUGAUUUCUUUAAAUAACAGUCCCUCCAUUUUAUUGUUAAAUUGAAAUACAUGCAUAUGUCAGAAAACAAUGGACAACAAUAAAAAAUAAGUAGCAGCACAAGAAUGUUAUUUGGCUAGGUCUCAUACACAAGACAUGUACAUUUUGGGAGGAAAGAGAAUUGGAACAUAGGUUCACUUCAAUUCCCUGAAUUGAAAGGAAAUGAGUGGUAUAAGAAACAUAGUGGAAACUCCUGCCCCAUGCCUCCCAUCCAAUGCUUUUAGAUUUGUAGUAGUGAACGAGUGUACACUUCAGGAGAAAGGAUAUAUUUGGAUGCACUACAGAAGUCACAUUCUCUUCACAACAAUUCAGACAUUUCAUACAAUUGUGUCCUACAUGUUAUCCCAUUCCUACCCACUAGGAAUUUAAGUUUAGUAAAGUGACAAAUAAAUUAAGUUAAUAAAAAAUUUCUCAAACAUGUACAAAGAAUAAA